GUUGCGUAGCCUGUGCAUUGAUCAUAAAUAUUCAUCAAAUAGGUACCUAGAAUGCCCCACUAUAAUUUUGCCUACAUUUUAUCGGCAGGUUUAAGAGCCGUGACGAAUUGUCAAGCACAACAAGAAUUAAAAACUCACCAGAGGGUCCUUAAAAAUAGCCCCCGCCCCCAAAUCUUUUGCCAUAACUGUCAUAGCCAUGGCCGACGCAGAUUUCGGAGCCGGAUCGCCCCGAGCCUCGCCGGCAGCGGCGAUAACCCAUGACGACGCCCCAUCGAAGAAGAAGCGCAAACCGCAGGUCGACGAGAUCGAGGUCGACCUGUCGUUGCCGGAGCCGCCGUCGAAGCGCGCGAAGCGGCUGCUGAAGAAGGGGAAGCCUCUCCCGGCGAAGACGCAGAGCGACGACGACGCGGACGAGGGCGAGCCCAACGACGGGCUGGCGGUGCCGGCGAGGCGGGAGCGGGGCGCGAAGGGCGGCGACACGAAGAACAACAAGAAGAAGCAGGGCGACUCGGCGGCGGGUGCGGCGGGCGGCAGCGGCAAGCGCGCGGAGCACGGCGUGUGGAUCGGCAACCUGCCGUUCACGCUGACGCGGGUGGAGCUGUUCCGGUGGCUGGUGGAGAGCUCGGGGGGCGCGAUCGCGGAGGCGAACAUCACGCGGGUCAACCUGCCGACGAGCAAGGACGGCGGGGGGCGGGACCGGAGGCGCGGGGGCGGGGGCGGGGGCGACGGCGACGGCGAGGAGGGCGCGCCGCCGAAGCCGCAGAACAAGGGCUUCGCGUACGUCGACUUCGACGGGGCGGCGGCGGCGGUGGCGGCCAUGGCGCUGACCGAGACGGAGCUCCGCGGGCGCAAGGUGCUGAUCAAGAGCGCGACGUCGUUCGAGGGGCGGCCGGCGAAGGAGGGUAACAGCAGCACCACAACCGACGGCAGCGGAACAGCGAAGAACGCGGCCGCGGCCGACGCCGGCAGCAGCAAGAUCUACGUGGGCAACCUGCCCUUCCAGACGGACGAGGACAGCCUGCGGGCGCACUUCGACAAGUGCGGCGAGGUGGAGUGGGCCAAGGUGGCCACGUUCGAGGACAGCGGCAAGUGCAAGGGGUACGGGUGGGUGCGGUUCCGGGACGCGGCGGCGGCGGCGGCGGCGGUGCGCGGGUUCGCGCGGGUCCGCGAGGCGGCGGAGACGGAGGCGGACUUUGCGAGCAGCGACGGCGAGGACGAGGACGAGGGCGAAGACGGCGCGGAGUCGCCGCCGCGGCAGCAGCAGCAGAAGAAGCGCCCGAACGCCGACAGGUUCAAGACCCGCAAGUGGUGGGUCAACCGCCUGCGCGGCCGCGAGCUCAAGAUCGAGCUCGCCGAGGACGACGCCGCGCGGUACAAGAAGCGCUUCGGCGGCGGCGGCGGCGGCGGCGGCGGCCGGGGAGACGCCCGCGCCCGCGGCCCUGCGUCCGCGAAGCCGGGGCUCCGCGGGGGCGAGAAGAAGAAGACGGCGACGAAGAAGGAGCCCCCGCCCCCCGCUGCAGACGCAGACGCAGACGCGGACGCGGACGCGAGGUCUCCCGCCGAGAGACACCGCAACAGCGCCGCGUACGGCGACGCGGGCGCCAUGUCGUACCGGACGGGCGCGGUCGCCGCGUCCCGGGGCUCCAAGAAGAUCACGUUCGACUGAAGACUCGGAAAACCCAAACCCCCGAAGGGAGACUACGACGGCUGCGUGCGGAGCGUAGCGCGCGUGUAUAUAUGCACCUACAUAGAAGAUUACGAGCGCGUGUUGGGGAGAGCAUAUUCCCCGCACUGCCUACGAAAAAAAGAAGAAAAAAGGGGGAGAACG